UGCGCGGGCGGUUUGGGGCUGUGUGCAGGGCUAUCGCCGAGCCUGACCAGCUGCGGAGAGGCUCCUGGGCUCCGCCGAGGUCUCCGCUCCAGCUCCUCGCUUCGGCCGCCGCAGUUUCCAAGCCGCCGCCGGGGGAGCGGCCGCUUAUUGUCUUUCUCCGCGGCCAAGGUGCGGAGCUGCUCCAGCUCGGCCCGCGGGGGAGCCCCGGGCGCCGCACGUAAAUUAACAAGAAAACUUCGAACCAAACACCGUGGGGGUCAGUGCGUUUCCAUUGGUAUCUCCUGCUGAGUGACCGAUGUGAGGUGUGCCCUGGGUUUUUCUGGUUUCCUUGGCCUCAUUUUGCAACUGUGUUCACCUGACAAAGUGUCCUGGGUCAUGAAACUUAAUCCACAGCAAGCUCCAUUAUAUGGCGAUUGUGUUGUUACUGUACUGCUCGCGGAAGAGGACAAAGUUGAAGACGAUGUAGUUUUUUACUUGGUGUUUUCGGGUUCCACCCUCCACCACUGUACAAGUACUCGGAAGGUCAGUUCUAAUACGCUGGAGACCGUUGCUCCUGGUCAUGACUGCUGCGAGACAGUGAAGGUGCUGCUCUGCGCUUCCAAAGAGGGCCUGCCUGUGUUUGUGGUGGCGGAAGAGGACUUCCAGUUCAUCCAGGAUGAGGCCUAUGACGCAGCCCAGUUCCUGGCCACCAGUGCUGGCAACCAGCAGGCCCUGAACUUCACCCGUUUCCUGGAUCGCUCAGGACCCCCGUCCUCGGACGUGAACUCCCUCGAUGAGAAAGUUGCCCUGGCCUUCAGGCACCUGAAGCUGCCAGCGGAGUGGAACGUGUUGGGGACAGACGCAACCUCACACGAUGGUGGCCCCCGAGAGACGUUGAUGCAUUUCGCCGUGCGGCUGGGGCUGCUGAGGUUGACAUGGUUCCUGCUGCAGAAGCCAGGUGGCCGCGGAGCUCUGAGCAUCCACAACCAGGAAGGAGCGACACCCGUGAGCCUGGCCUUGGAGCGGGGUUAUCACAAGCUGCACAGGCUCCUGACCGAGGAGGAUGCUAGAGAACCAGACUCCUGGAGCAGUUUGUCCUAUGAAAUCCCUUAUGGAGACUGUUCUGUGAGGCAUCACCGAGAGCUGGACGUCUAUAUGCUAACCUCCGAGUCUGAACCACACCAGGAGCCCCCACUUCCUGGAGACAGUUGCACUGGACAUAUUUUUAAACUUAUGAACAUCCAACAGCAGCUAAUGAAAACAAACCUCAAGCAGAUGGACAGUCUCAUGCCCUCAGCGGUGACAGCACAGGAUCCUUCAAGUCCCCCCUGUGACCAGGAUGCAGAUGGUCACUUUCUUCCCCGAGCGUCCGAGCCCACAGCCAGCCAGCAGCUUGCCUCUCCUGAAGCUGCUGAGAGCUGUCAGCGCUGCCGGGGGAGCUCCGUGGGGCAGACUGAGAGCUCCUGUGAUUUGUCAGGUGUGGCCAAGGAGGAGGAUACAGACCCUUCCUGCAGGAAGAAGAGCACAGGCGUGGAGAGAACAGGAGGUGAGGUGGGGCCAGCACCUGUCACAGACCCUGGGGCGGCGUCUGCUCCCGACAGCUGCAUUCAGAGCGUGCCUGAUGGCAGAGGAGAGGGCCCAGAAGGCCUUCCGUCCUGUGGAGUCAGAGAUGAAGAGACUACGUCUUCGGCAGUGGCCACCAACCUGGGGUCCCCAGGCAGCGUCCUGCAGGGGGGCGUGGCCCAGGCCUGCUCUGGAGGCAGGCUGGUGGUUGCUUCACCAGCAGGUGCCAGUGCCCCCGAGGCUACAGGAGAAAGGGAACAUGGUCUCGUGCAUCCCAAUGCUGCCAUCGGGGGGAGCAUGCUUGAAGUGGAAGAGACUAUGAAGAAACAAUUUGAGGACUCUGGUAUCAGCACAGCUGGAGACUCUGACGGAAAAGUCACAGACGAGCUUGUGCAUGGAGCCAGCCUUCCAGACGGCGUCUGGGCCGCCAGUUCCCUGGAUGCUAACAAAGCUGCAGAGUCGAUCCUUGGAAUUAGUAAUGGCAAAGCUGCCACUGACCAAACUGCAGAAACCGAAACUUCUAAAAGCUGUACAGAGAGUGCUCACACUCCAGGAGCCCAGAACCCUCAGUUAAUUCCAGCUGCUGCAGGCGACACAGUUUCAGAAGGGCUCCGACCCAACACUCCCUUAGCCAGCAUGUGCGCACCAGGGUCGCCCUCUGAUUUAACCUUGCCUGGGCCGCACAGAGGUGUGACGCCUGCCCCGAAAUCAGAAGCGGAGUCAUCUGGUGUUCACAGCCAAGACAGCGAGUCACCCAUCUGCUCCGCAGCUGGGGGUGAUAAACUUUGCACAGCCCCUGGGUGUCAGCCAAGCACAGGGACGUCUAGUGGGGUGUCGCUUGCAGAACAUCGUGACGACACAGCCCCCCAGCCUGAGAGCACAACCACAGGACAGCUCGGCACACGGCCCCCGCCCCCUGCCAGCUGCCUGAGCGGCCCACAGGCCAGCUCCACCCAGAGCACCCCAGACACCCCAGAACGUGUGGCUGCAUCUCCUCUCCAAGUUUCAGAUAAAGAAAGCCAAGGAGAAGAUCUGAAAGCGGAGACAUCGUCAGCAGAUCCGGCUGAGGUGGUUCCACACCCACAGGCCGCUCCCCCCACGGCUGAGAAAGAAGGGGCGUCAUGCCCGGCUGUGACGCCAGGCGGUACUGUCUCUCUGGCAGGCAGUGAAUCAGUAACCAAAGAUGACGCACUCUCGCUUGUCCCCUCCCAGAGUGAAAAGGGAAGAGCAGCCCUCCAACCACACACAGGUGGUGGAGAUGGGCCUGACGGAGACACAAGACGUCCGGAGGAGCAGCCUCCAGAAGGCGGCACAACGGGCCUGGGCCCACCCCCCGCGACCCUAGACCCGCCGCCCAGCAUGGGGAACACCGGUCCCGGAGGACUCGCUGGGGAGCAGGAGUGCCCCUCCCCCACAGCGGCCCCCGAAGCCCCGGCCGUCGAGGGGGCCACUGCCUCUGCCCUGCUUCCUGGGGGUCAGACCACUGCGACUGAAGGAGGAAAAACUCAGGUGGUUCCUGAGGGCCCAGGAGGCGAGGGGAAAGCCAGGACCUGUCCCACCACUGAGGAUGGCGCUGUCUGCUCUGGAGCAUCGCAGGAAGAGCGCAGACCACCGCCUCCUGUGCCAGAGGCCCCGGGGGUCCCCGAAGAGCCUGGGGCAGAGGACAGAGUGCCGCAGCCCAGCAACUCCCUGGGCACACCCUUGGCCCGUCUUCAUGCAGAAGCUAAACCCAACAAGGAAGUGGCCCCAGCAGCCUCCCGGCCGACAGGAGGUGGGGCCGCACAGAGCCUGGUGCCACCAGGAGCCGGUCUAGCUGCACACUCCAGCCAGGACGCCCCAGGUGCAGAGCCGAGCAGCUCAGCUCCAGUGCCAAGUCUGUUAGCAGGUGGGCCCGAGGCGCAGAACUGCCGUCCAGCUUCUUUGGCUCCGGCUGUUGAGGUGGAAAACACCCCGUCCCCGGGGAAGAGCGCUGGGUGUGAGGUGAGUGGAGAUGCAGCGCUGGACGGUGCCUGGGUCCGUGGUCUACAAGAAGCCCUUGGGGCCAGGACAAAGGAUAUAUCUCACAAUGCCCCAGACGCCUCGUCCUGCCAGGAGGAGAAUAUGAUCCUGGGUUUGCCUGGAGCUUCACCAGCUGCAGGCAUGACUGACCCCCAGGGCACCGCGCCCCUGGAGCUGGUGGCGCCUCUGGGUGGGGAGAAGAAGCUGGAGGGAGCAGACUGUGGCUCUGUUGGCCUGCAGGAGGCCCAGGGGGACAGUAAGGCGCAUCAUGACCCGCCGCAGCCUGCGGGCGGAGAGCGCCCCCCAGAGAUGGGGCCCUCGGGUGAGGCAAGGGGUGCCCCCGCUCUGCCCUGCGCUGUCUCCACCAAAGCCCUGCAUCGGCCCGAGGGUGCCAACUCCAUCGAGGAGGCUGCCAGCCGCAUCGUGGAUUCCGUCAUAGAGCAAGUCAAGGCCUCUGGAGCACUGAUGACAGAGGGGGCUCUCGGGCACGGGUCACCGCCCAGGCCUCCCAAGGCGGGCCCAGGGACGGAGCCCACAGCACGUGCUUCUGCCGGGGAGACGAGCUCCCUGCAGCCUGCGGAGACCCCGCCGGUGGACAGUGGUGGCAGAGAAGCCUCUGGGAGCCUUGAGCAGUGCUUCACUGGAAGCGAGGAGCCAGAGAUUAUUCUGCCUGUCCAAGGACCUGCACCAGAGACAGAAAUGCCCGACACGAAAGCUGAAGAUGAAGUGGAUUUUCUGAGUAACACCCGGGAGAGUUCAGUUUCUGAAGAGGUGGCUCUGGGAAACAGAACUUCUACGCCGGAGGUGAAACCAGGCCCGAAGACCCAGGCGAUAAACCGAGAAAGCUGGUGUACCAUUGAGCCGUGCCCUGAUGCAGCAUCUCUUCUGGCUCCCACGCAGAGCCCAGAAUGUGACAGCUUCCUGGAUGUUGGACUGGGCCAAGAGUGUGCCUCAAAACCAGGUGUCCUUAAAAGAGAAUCUGGGAGCGAUUCUGACCUUUUUCACUCGCCCUGUGAAGACGUGGACAGCAUUGUCUUCUCCAAGCCCGAGGAGGAGCAGUUGGCCUGCGAUAUCACUGGAUCCAGUUCCUCCGCCGAUGACACGGCGUCCCUGGACCGACAUUCGUCUCACGGCAGCGAUGUGUCCCUCCCCCAGAUUUCCAGUGUGAACAGGUCCAGAGACCGGCAGUAUCUCAACGGCUUCAACAGCCAUGGGGUGGGAGCUGAGGGUCGAGAGAGCGAGAGCGAGCCCACUGGCUCGGGUGAGAUGGAGGAGGAGGAGAUGGACAGCAUCACCGAGGUGCCCACGAGCUGCUCUGUCCUGCGGACCUCCAUGCGCUCUCUGUCCCCUUUCCGGAGGCACAGCUGGGGUCCCGGGAAGAACGCAGCCAGCGACGCAGAAAUGAACCACCGGAGUUCAAUGCGAGUUCUUGGGGAUGUUGUCAGGAGGCCUCCCAUUCAUAGGAGAAGUAUGAGCUGGUGUCCCUCUGGUGUGCAAUACUCUGCUGCCCUGAGUGCUGAUUUUAAUUACAGAAGUUUCAGUCUAGAAGGCUUGACAGGAGGAGCUGGUAUUGGAAACAAGCCGUCCUCAUCUCUAGAAGGAAACUCAUCAAACACCAGAGAACUCAGGCACCCUUUCAGUGGCCAGGAAAGGGGUGACUCUCUGGUGUCGCUUUCAGAAGAGGAUCUUGAAUCAGGCCAGAGGGAACAUAGAAUGUUUAAUCAGCAGACAUGUCACAGAUCUAAACAACAGGGAUUUAAUUACUGUACAUCAGCCAUUUCUUCUCCACUGACAAAAUCUGUCUCAUUAAUGACAAUCAGCCAUCCUGGGUUGGACAGUACACGGCCCUUCCACAGCACCAGCUCUAAUCUGACUGGGAGUAUAACAGAAGAGAACUUUAAUUUCCUGCCACAAAGCCCCAAGAAAGAUUUUGAAAUAAAGAGCGGAACCAAAGUCAGUCGUACGUUCAGCUACAUCAAGAACAAAAUGUCCAGCAGUAAAAAGAGCAAGGAAAAGGAAAAAGAGAAAGAUAAAAUUAAGGAGAAGGAGAAAGACUCUAAAGAGAAGGAGAAGGACAAGAAGAGUGUGAACGGGCACGCUUUCAGUUCCAUCUCGAUUGUGGGUCCCAUCGUCUGCAGCCAGUGCAUGAAGCCCUUCACCAGCAAAGACGCCUACACGUGUUCAAGUUGUGGCGCCUUUGUCCACAAAGGCUGCAGAGAAAGUCUGAUCUCCUGUGCAAAGGUCAAGAUGAAGCAGCCCAAGGGGAACCUGCAGGCACACGACACGUCCUCGCUGCCCACAGUCAUCAUGAGAAGCAAGUCCUCCCAGCCCAAGGAGCGCCCUCGGUCUGCUGUCCUCCUGGCCGAUGAAGCCACUGCCGCCCCCGUGUUUGCCAACAGACGGUCCCAGCAGAGCAUCGCGCUUUCCAAAAGCGUCUCCAUUCAGAACAUCGCUGGAGUUGGCAACGAUGAGAACAUAUCGAACACCUGGAAGUUCCUGUCCCACUCAACAGACUCACUGAAUAAAAUCAGCAAGGUCAACGAGUCCACAGAGUCCCUUACUGAUGAGGGAGUAGGUACAGACAUGAAUGAAGGACAGCUAAUGGGAGAUUUUGAGACUGAGUCCAAACAGCUGGAAGCAGAGUCUUGGAGUCAGAUUGUAGACAGCAAGUUUCUGAAACAGCACAAGAAAGAUGUCGUCAAGCGGCAAGAAGUGAUUUACGAGCUGAUGCAGACGGAGUUCCACCACCUCCGCACCCUCAAGAUCAUGAGCGACGUCUACAGCCGGGGCAUGAUGGCCGACCUGCUCUUCGAGCAGCAGAUGGUGGAGAAGCUCUUCCCCUGCUUGGACGAGCUCAUCAGCAUCCACAGCCAGUUCUUCCAGCGGAUCCUCGAGCGGAAGAAGGACUCCCUGGUGGAUAAAAGCGAGAAGAACUUUCUCAUCAAGAGGAUCGGGGACGUGCUUGUGCAGCAGUUCUCGGGGGGGAAUGCCGAACGCUUAAAGAAGACGUACGGCAAGUUUUGUGGGCAGCACAACCAGUCCGUGAACUACUUCAAAGACCUCCACACCAAAGACAAGCGCUUUCAGGCCUUCGUGAAGAAGAAGAUGAGCAGUUCGGUCGUCCGGAGGCUGGGAAUCCCCGAGUGCAUAUUGCUUGUAACCCAGCGGAUCACCAAAUACCCGGUUUUGUUCCAGAGGAUACUGCAGUGUACCAAAGACAACGAGGUGGAGCAGCAGGACUUGACACAGUCCCUGGGCCUGGUGAAGGACGUGAUCAGUGCCGUGGACAGCAAGGUGGCAAGUUACGAGAAGAAGGUUCGUCUGAACGAGAUCUACACAAAGACCGACAGCAAGUCAAUCAUGAGGAUGAAGAGCGGUCAGAUGUUCGCCAAGGAGGACCUGAAGCGGAAGAAGCUGGUGCGGGACGGGAGCGUGUUUCUGAAGAGCGCGACCGGGAGGUUGAAAGAGGUUCAAGCGGUCCUGUUGACUGACAUCUUGGUCUUCCUUCAAGAAAAAGACCAGAAGUACGUCUUUGCGUCAUUGGACCAGAAAUCGACAGUGAUCUCUCUGAAGAAGCUGAUUGUGAGGGAAGUAGCACACGAGGAGAAAGGCUUGUUCCUCAUCAGUAUGGGGAUGAAGGACCCUGAGAUGGUGGAAGUCCACGCCAGCUCCAAGGAGGAGCGCAGCAGCUGGAUUCAGAUCAUCCAGGACACGAUCAACACCCUGAACCGAGAUGAAGAUGAAGGAAUUCCUAGUGAGAACGAGGAAGAAAAGAAGAUGUUGGACACCAAGGCCCGGGAGUUAAAAGAGCAACUUCAGCAAAAGGACCAGCAGAUCCUGCUCCUCCUGGAAGAGAAGGAGACGAUUUUCCGGGACAUGACUGAGUGCAGCACACUCUUGCCAGAGGACUGCUCCCCAACCCACAGCUGUAGAACCCUCUUCCGCUCCAACACAGAAGAGGCUCUCAAAGGAGGACCUUUAAUGAAAAGUGCAAUAAAUGAAGUGGAGAUCCUGCAGGGUCUGGUGAGCGGCAGCCUAAGAGGCUCGCUUGGGCAGGUCGUCAGCAGCCCUGCGGAGCAGGAGGGCAUGGUCGGCCCCGUGUCCCUGCCCCGGAGAGCGGAGACCUUUGGAGGGUUUGACAGCCAUCAGAUGAAUGUUUCAAAAGGAGGUGAGAAGGAGGAGGGAGACGAUGGCCAGGACCUCAGGAGGACCGAGUCGGACAGCGGUCUGAAAAAGGGUGGAAAUGCUAACCUGGUAUUUAUGCAUAAAAGGAACAGUGAGCAGGUCAUCCAGAGCGUCGUCCAUCUCCACGAGCUCCUCAGCACUCUGCAGGGCGUGGUUCUGCAGCAGGACAGCUACAUCGAGGACCAGAAGCUGCUGCUGAGCGAGCGGGCGCUCACGCGGACGGCGUCGCGGCCCAGCUCUCUCAUCGAGCAGGAGAAGCAGCGCAGCCUGGAGAAGCAACGCCAGGACCUGGCCAACCUGCAGCGGCAGCAGGCACAGCACCAGGAGGAGAAGCGGCGGCACGAGCGCGAGUGGGAGUCCCGCGAGAGGGCGCUGCAGGAGCGCGAGGCGCGCCUGGCGCAGCGCGAGGACGAGCUUCGGCGCGGCUGCCAGGACCUGGAGCGCGAGCGCGAGGAGCUGCAGCAGCGGAAGGGCGCCUACCAGGGCGAUCUGGAGCGCCUGCGCGCCGCUCAGCGGCAGCUCGAGCGCGAGCAGGAGCAGCUCCGGCGGGACUCGGAGCGGCUCAGCCAGGUUUCAUAUCAAAACACCAAGCUGCUGCGGAUCCCAUCCUUCUCUCCGAACCCUGAGGAGACCCCCUCGCCACCUGCACCUUCAAUAGCCAAAUCAGGGUCAUUGGACUCAGAACUCUCAGUGUCCCCCAAAAGGAACAGCAUCUCUCGGACACACAAAGAAAAGGGGCCUUUUCACAUGCUGGGUUCCGUCAGCCAGACAAGCAAGGCACCAGAGGCUCAGAGCCAGACCCCAGUGUCCACGUCCACCCGCCUGUUCGGGUUAGCUAAGCCAAAGGAAAAGAAGGAGAAGAAGAAGAAGGGCAAAGGAAGCCGCUCACAGCCCGGGGAUGGCCCCGCGUCGGAGGUGCCCGCGGAGGGGGAAGAGAUUAUCUGCUGACCGGUCCCGCUGCUGUCCUGCCUGGUGACCGUCCACCCCCGCCAUCCUGUGUGCGCUUCCCCCCAACUGACGCCUGCGCCCCGCAGCCCUCCCCAUUGCCCUGGGGCCUGGGCCCGAGGGACAGACGGUCCUGGGGGUCAGGGUGGGGCAGGAGGCCCGGGAUUGUGACCCAACCACUGGCCGGCCCUGCUGAGGUCACAUGACAACGAGGAUAGCGGCCCCGGAAGUCCAGGCGAUGGUUGUGGACAUGUCAGGAAUGCCUCGAGGCCGAGAGGGUGUUUCCGAAUGUGGUCUGAAGCUCUGGCUGCCUUUUGAUUUGGGGGAACAGAACCAAAAAUCAAACAGCAAGUAGUUUGCGCUUCAUCUGAAUGCGUAUGGUACCCGUCUGUAUAGACACGUGGAAUACGAUGGGACUGUGCAUGAUCUGCACCAGACGCCUGGCGGGCUCAGGUCCGCACGAGGGUGCUGACCCCACCACUCGGUGGAUGCGCUCCGAGUCUCAGCCGCUGGUCCCCCCCACCAGGCUGUCUCCCGGCAAACCCACCCGUGCACACUUCACCCGCCUCUUCUGCGUGUAUUUCUCAUUCAGAAGGGACGGCAAACAGUUGUGAAAACCAAUGAAAGAAGGCUCGAUGUCUUUAAAAAGCAAAUGAUCCUGAAACACCUUGAUUUUGGUGUUUUGGUUACUUUGGGGAAAAAAAAAGAAGUCAUCAGAUCUAAAAGAAAUACUGUAUUGGCUUUCCAAGAUGUUUGCCCACAGAUUCUGGGCACAGAAGAAGUAGAGAGGCCACCUUCCCAUCACCCCCGCAGAGUAACACUUUACGGUCGUCACUGGCCAUUCGCACAUGACCACGACCCCCUGGCCGUCCCCCUGGGGCCUUGCAGUGUCUUCCCAGGGAAACCUCUCCUGCCUGUGCCCCCGCCAGGGGAGAGGGUGGCCCCCCGGCGCUCCUCUGCCUGCCCUGGGGCCGCCUGCCUCUUCCUCCGGGGUAGGGUGACCGCCCUCUCCUAGACAACUGGCUGAAAAGCAGGAGCAGGUGGGCGCGUUGGGCGUAUGGAGUAGUUCAGACCAGGAGAAGAGCUGGCCCAGGAGGUACGGCCUGGAAGGGUCUCCUUCUGUCAGGAGGCCUGGCACAAUUUUGAUUUCUCCAAGUUUUGCAGUCUAAAGUUAUGAUGGUUACUGUGCCCUGUCCCUUGAAGAUGCCACAAGUGCUAUCUGCUUGUUCUUUUUCCUCCUCUCUCCUUUUUUCUGUGUUUUCAUCUGUAUUCCUGGAGGCUCGUCACCAGCCUGCAGGUCCAGAGCGUUUCCCCAUGAGGCCCCCGCACCUGCCACGCUUGUUACCCCCUCAUUGUGGGGGGGAAGACCCUGGAAAAUUCUGUGCUUUCAACGUGGCCUUUGAUUCCUGCCUUUCGCUGCUCAGGAGCAUGGGUCUUUGAACAUAACCUUUUUAAAAACAAACAGGUCUGUACCUUGGUGCUUGUUGAUGAGUUGCAAGCUGGCCUUGCAGAUGGAGAUAUCUAUCUUUCAGUUUAUUUGAAAGAGGUCUGGUUUAAAAGUUUUAGCUUUAGAUUUAUUUAUUUGUGUGCCGGGUGCGUGUGUGUGUGUGUGUCUAUGUGUGUGCGUACGUGCGUGUGUGUUAAGGGUAAACACACCAGCCCAACGGUUUUGACUGUCCGGUCAAGCAGCCCACGCUGCAUCCUCACUCCUCCAGGUCUGUCAAAGUGCCUUGAAGGCCCAAAGGAAAAUUAAGGGUGGGGGGUGAAGUCCCUUUCUUUCCCUCCUCCCACCCCAACCUCAUUCUUUGACCAAGAGAGGUCUUCCUCCUGAGAGUUAAAAAAACUCGCCACCCAUGGGCUUACAUGUGCCUCGUUUUAUCACGGCGAUUUCUUACCCUUCAGAAAGGCUUUGAGAACCAGCUGAUUUUCGACUGAACCUUAAUAUGCAGCCCCUCAACCCCCCGACCAAAGACCCUGAACGUCAGAAGGUUAGGUUGCCUCCGCUGCCAGUCCCUACAGCUCCGAGGAUGGCCAGUCUGCCAUGGCCUUGCUUAGACCCGCGGGGAGCUUGGCACUCUGUCCUGGUCACUGGUUCGGGGGGCCCGCGUCCUCCUUCCGGUGUCUGUGUAGGCCCGCCCCGCCCCCCCCCACCCCCGGCCCUGGGCGCGAAGCCAAGGCUUGGUGCUGGUGGCCGUGCCCUCACACAGGCUCUCCACCAGAGGCGCCCGGACAGAGUUUCUGUCCGUCGCCACACAGCUGGAUUUCAGUUUCAAAGUGUCCUUCGUUCCCACCUGGUUGUGAAGUUGCAGUUGCCUCGGCUGUUUGGUGGCGGUUUUCUGAAACGAUUAGCCCUCUGCCUGCACCCUAUCUGGUCAGGUUGUGGUUGGACGAGUUUCGAAUCUGAAUCCAAGGGCGUCUUCCCCCUGACCCAGACCCGUGCUUCUCCGUGCCUUGGCCCCCUCUCCCCAUCCAGUGUGGGGUUUGGGGAGCCACCUGGGAUUGUUGCUGCUCCUGCUUUUGCUUCUGACCUCGAGGCCACCUCUGACCUCGAGGCCUGACCUGGUUGCUGAGGUUUUUUCCUGUGAGAAGGGGCCGCCUCUCAGGGCGACUCAGACUCUGCUCUCCACAGCAUCCCCAAGCUGGGAAGGCAAGCUUCUCUGCUUAGGGAAUCAGGAGCCUGACCUCCCUUGCGUUUAGAUUUUGGGGAGCAGAUGGAGACACCACCCAGGGUCCCCAGGGUCCCAGAGUCGAGUGAUUCACCUAGAAGGAGGCUGCGCCUUCUCCCAGGACUCCCGUCAUCUCAGUGGUCGCUGUCCUAGUCGUGCGACGGGCGACGUGUGCACUUUAAAUGCUCCCCAUGGUUGGCUUCACUCCGCGACAAUCAGCUAUUGACUGUUUUCUUUGAAAAUGGAGAGGGUUAACAACAGCCCAGUUGCUGUCAUUCAGCCUUUGCCAACAUUCCCCCCUCUACCGCCAUGAGAGUGGUCUGUGGGGAGGAACUCCUUAACGAGGUUUUGGUUUUUAUUUGGAAAGGUACGAACCUUACCUUUUAUCCUCUCACGUCUCAGGGUAAUACCACUAAAAGUUCUUCUUUGCAGACAUUCUCCUGUUACUUGCUGUCUUCCCGAGCCCCUAGUUGCAGCAGUAGGGAGCACGCACUGUAAGACCCUUGGGGUUUGUUUGUUUGGAGGGUGGGUGUUAGUGUGUCUGGGUUUAUAAAUAGGCCCCACCUGAACUAAAAGAUAGCACCAUUAGCCUUAGGGCCAGACCUCCAACCUGGAGGGUGUGGUUCCCAGCAGUACUCUAAUUCAUCCCUCGGACCCCAGAGUUCUUUUUCCAUAGCCAGCUCUUGCUCCCAAGGAUCUGUUGUCAGCUUGGAGCUGUGGUUGUUGAUGCAGCAUUGAUGGGGGGCCCAGUGUGCCCCACAGACAGCCAUGCCCAGGGGCUGGUUGUGAGGGAGAAGUUGGGAGAAACGGACUGGAAAGUGGGCUUCAGCAGCCAAAAGAGGGUGGUUCGGAGGGGACCCCAGCCACUGCCGAGGAUUCUGGACCUGCUUGGACUGCAGACGCCCAGAAAGAACCCUCCGUGUCGCGGUGGCGGUGGCUAAGGCUUGGCGCCCGCCAUCCCACAGCAGGGCCGUGUGACACGCUCACGGCGGCCCGGGUCACAGCCCCUCCUGGCGCUGCUGCUCCGGCCGACCCUCAGAGACAAGGAAGAAGUCAGCGGUUCGUUUCGGUUGGCUUCGUUUUCUUCAGUGUAGCAUAACAUUCCUAGUUAACCUGCGCUUUGAAAUCUUCUGCCUGCUGGCCAGGUUUUAAGACGAGAAGUCUUUCAGUGCUGCCAUAAGAGGGAAAAAACAAAAACAACAAAGGCUUCUUUCCAUGUACCAGUCGAAUUUAAUUUGUCAGAAGCUUAGCUGGCCUUGAGUUCCUCCUCCAUCUUGCGAAGGUUUAAAGACGGGCAGACCCAGCUGGCUGACGUGUCUCCUGCCGUGGACGGCGGCCGCCUGCUCUGGAUCCCCGGGCCGCGCCGGGCCUCUGCUCACCCCGCCCGGACGGCCCCGGGCUCCAGGGCUCUGAAGGGCCACCGCGCUCUCCGUUCGUCUGAGGUUCCCGGCGUGUCACCCCCCCCCCGACGCACAGGACACCCCAGGACAUGCAGGAGGCCGGUUCCCAGACACCUGAUACCUCUGCUGUCGUUUCGUCGUUUUCAGAUGCUAAAUGGACAUUUCUGUGCUGAAUCCUAUUAAAUACAAAGGGGUUAAAACCCAGAUGCUGUAUAUUAAUUUGUAAUUAUGUAUAAAGUAAAAGCAGUUUUAAACUGUAAAGAUUUUUUUUUCAGUGUGUUUCCUGGAAUUUUGCCGCAACAUACUGGCUUUGUAUUUUAUUUAUCUUCCUUUCUAGUUAUCGGCUUCAGACCCUUGUAAAGCCCCCCUCCACCUUCCAAAAAAAUAAAUAAUAAUAAUAAUAAUAAAUGUCCUUUAAUAAGUCUCAA